AUGACGUCCGGAGAGUUGCCUUGUUAUACGCUGAUCAAUGUACCAAGUGAUUUCGAGCCUCCGACGGAGGUUCAGCUAAAAGAGAAGCUUGAAAAAGGUGAUAAUAAAACGAAAGCCGAAACGCUAAAGAAGUUAAUAAUGAUGUUGAUGAAUGGUGAAAAGGUCGGUCAAAGCCUGAUGAUGUAUGUGAUAAGAUUCUGUCUACCAACCUCAGAUCAUGCCAUCAAGAAGCUUCUUUUACUCUUCUGGGAAAUUGUCCCUAAGACUUCCCCAGAUGGUAAGCUUCUGCAUGAGAUGAUUUUGGUAUGUGAUGCAUAUCGUAAGGACUUGCAGCAUCCGAAUGAAUUUAUUCGUGGUUCCACGCUACGAUUCUUAUGCAAGCUACGUGAGCCUGAGUUGCUUGAGCCUUUAAUGCCUGCGAUCCGGUCUUGUUUGGAACAUCGUCACGCUUACGUUCGACGAAACGCCGUUCUUGCUAUCUUCACCAUUUAUCGAAGUUUUGAAUUUUUGAUUCCGGACGCCCCGGAGUUGAUAUCGAAUGUUUUGAAUAGUGAGCAAGAUGCUUCUUGCAAACGUAAUGCUUUCAUGAUGCUUUUGCAUGUUGAUCAGACAAGAGCGUUAGAUUAUUUGUCUGAAGUUAUCGAUCAAGUCACUUCAUUUGGCGAUAUACUUCAGCUGAUCAUUGUCGAGCUCAUCUAUAAAGUAUGCCAUACGAAUCCCACCGAGCGUUCACGUUUCAUUCGUUGUGUCUACAGUCUGGUACAGUCAUCGUCUGCAGCCGUCCGCUACGAGGCUGCAGGAACGUUGCUGACGUUGAGUUCUGCACCAACGGCAAUUCGUGCGGCUGCAUCGGCAUAUAUCGACUUAAUUGUGAAGGAAUCUGAUAACAAUAUUAAGUUGAUCGUGUUGGACCGUUUGAUUGAAUUGCGUUCAUCACCUGAAAGUGAAAGAGUGCUGCGUGAGCUGGUGAUGGACAUUCUUCGAGUAUUAUCAGCGUCGGAUCUUGAAGUGAAAAAGAAAACACUUCAGUUGGCUUUGGAUUUGGUAUCGUCGCGAAAUGUCGAAGAGAUGGUCAUGUUCUUGAGAAAGGAGAUCAGCCGUUCCACAGAUGCGACAGCAGAAGAGGGAGGUCGCUAUCGUCAAAUGCUCGUCAGAACUCUGCAUUCGGCCACAAUCAAAUUCCCGGAUGUCGCAUCGAGCAUCGUACCGAUUUUGAUGGAGUUUCUCUCCGACGAUUGCGAAUCGGCAGCACAAGAUGUACUCGUGUUUGUUAGAGAGGCCGUGCAGCGUUUGCCGCAUCUGAGAAAUGUGGUACUGUCACAGUUAAAGGACGUGUUCGGUGGUGUUCGAAACGCACAGAUCUUCCGUGCAGCACUCUGGAUUCUCGGUGAAUAUUGUGAUACAAAAGAAUCAAUUGUGGGUGUUAUGGAAAUGAUUAAGAAAUCAAUCGGCGAAUUACCGAUCGUUGAAAGUGAGUUGAGAGCGGUUAGUGGACAGGAAGGUGCUGAAGAAAAUGAGAAGGUGGUUGGUGGAGAUUCAAAGUCAAAGCCUCGUCAACUGGUGACAGCCGAUGGAACGUAUGCGACUCAGUCGGCACUGGUUGCUUCAGUGAAAUCAACCACUGAUGAGAAACCAGCUCUGCGCAAGGGCGAUAAAGUGAAUAAGUUCGCAGGAGAAGCUUUAUUCAUAAUUGCAUCGAUAAUCAACCUUGGCAAAAGUGGUAUAACAAAAAUAAAUGUUACUGAAGAUGACUUGGAUCGUCUUGGAAUGACCGUUAAAAUUCUAUGCGACCAAUGGCCAGGUAGUGAACAGAUCUUCCUGAAGAAGUGUCGCGAAAGUUUAGAACUGAUGUUGGAGGCGAAAGCGGAUACAGAUCGUCACGAGACCGAAUCUGUUACGAAAACAACAUCGGUCGAAGUUGAUCAAACGAUUAUAUUCACUCAACUCGCACCACGAGUCGGUGAUGGUCUUACGGCCACUGAGAAUCUGUUCGACCUGUCUCUUUCACAAGCUCUCGGAACUGUCCAAAAGACAACAAAAUUCGAUUUCGCAUCCUCAAAACUUGGAAAGGUGAGGCAGCUGGCUGGAUUUUCGGAUCCAGUUUAUGCGGAAGCGUACGUGAAUGUGAAUCAAUACGAUAUUGUUCUGGAUGUGCUAAUUGUGAACCAAACAAAAGAUACGCUGCAAAACGUUUGUUUGGAGUUAUCGACUGCAGGCGAUUUGAAACUGGUCGAUAAGCCAACACCGCUCACUUUGGGACCACAUGAUUUCGCAAAUAUCAAAGCAACCGUCAAAGUGGCUUCCACAGAAAGUGGAGUUAUCUUCUCAGCAAUCGCCUACGAUGUGCACGGUUCAACGUCGGAUCGAAACUGUGUAUAUUUACAAGAUAUACACAUCGAUAUAAUGGAUUAUAUUGUGCCAGGCAACUGUACUGAUACAGAAUUCAGGCAGAUGUGGGCUGAUUUUGAAUGGGAGAAUAAGGUUAAUGUAAACACACCGAUAACAAAUCUACGAGCGUUCCUCACACACCUUUCGUCUGUUACAAAUAUGAAACUGCUGACAACCGAAGAAGCGUUGGACGGAGACUGCGGCUUUCUGGCUGCUAACUUCUGUGCGCAUUCAAUAUUCGGUGAGGAUGCUUUGGCAAACGUUUCAAUCGAGAAGACGAACCCCUCAGAUGCGAACAGUCCCAUAAUUGGUCAUAUCCGAAUACGAGCCAAGAGUCAAGGAAUGGCCUUAUCAUUAGGUGAUAAGAUAAAUAUAGCGCAAACGGAGAAAAAAAUGUCGGCGAUGAGGGAAAAGGCUUGA